AAAUAAAAAAAAAUUGUUGAUUCAGAAUCGUUUGUAAAUCACAAAAUUAUCCCGUCUUUUCUACUUACGUUAAUUCGUGAAAUCUUCCGUGUGCUUCUAUCAUGUCUAUACGUAGAUAUGAGAGCGGUUAUUACUGUUAUUAUCAGCGAUAAUAUGUGCGACAAGGACACUCAGUCGGUGAGAAAGCAAUAAGACUACUUGUAUUGCGUACAUGUAGUAAGAGGCAUGUAGUGAUGGUAUCCUUCGACUCGAACGAUUGAGAUAAAUAAAACUUGACCUAAAGCACGAGGAACUCAAUCAUUUACCAGUCUGACUAGUCGUUGGGGUCCGCUUGUGUCGAUAUUCGAUCAGUGACUGCUGGACUGAUUGAAUUGCAGCCUUUUGGCCCACUUACAAUUAGUUCACAGUUCAAAGAGUUUCCAACAUCAAGUUUCUCGGUCGUGGUUAGUAUACCGCCGUCUUAAUUAACAAAGAAGUAAAAAUCUAAACGAUGGAGCCAAUAACGAGAAUGGCAUUGCUAAAUAUCAAAAGAUCAGCAAGAACGUUGUCUCAGCGCAUUCAAUGUCACAGAACGCUUACGUCUCAACAAGUGUUCGAUCGAGAAUCUAAAUAUGGUGCUCACAAUUAUCAUCCACUCCCCGUGGCUCUGUGCAGAGCUCAGGGUGUCUUUAUGUGGGACGUCGAGGAGAAACGAUACUUUGAUUUUCUAAGCGCUUAUUCGGCAGUUAAUCAAGGCCAUUGCCAUCCCAGAAUCUAUAAAGCAAUGGUCGAUCAAGCGAAAAUUUUAACUCUGACGUCCAGAGCGUUUUAUUCUAAUAUUUUGGGUGAAUUCGAAGAAUAUAUCACGAAACUUUUCAGAUAUGACAAAUGGCUGCCGAUGAACACAGGCGUGGAAGGUGGUGAAACGGCAUGCAAAUUGGCACGCAGAUGGGGAUACUCGUGCAAGGGCAUACCGAAGAAUCAGGCCAAGAUAGUGUUUGCGGAGGGCAACUUCUGGGGAAGAACUUUGAGCGCUGUCUCCUCAAGCACCGAUCCAAGUAGCUACAGCGGUUUCGGACCGUUUAUGCCGGGCUUCGAGCUCGUGCCCUAUGAUGAUCUUCCGGCACUUGAACGGGCUCUCGCCGAUCCAAAUGUCUGUGCUUUCAUGGUGGAACCUAUCCAAGGUGAAGCUGGCGUUGUAGUUCCCAAGGACGGAUAUCUGAAAGGAAUUCGAGAGCUUUGCACGAAGAACAAUGUCUUGUGGAUUGCGGAUGAGGUGCAGACCGGCCUGGCGAGAACGGGGAGGCGGCUCGCGGUGGAUUACGAAAACGUGAAGCCGGAUAUUUUGAUUCUCGGUAAAGCCCUGUCCGGAGGAUUCUAUCCCGUUUCCGGUGUACUAGCAAACGACCCCGUUAUGCUCACAAUCAAGCCUGGCGAGCAUGGGUCAACUUAUGGUGGUAAUCCUCUGGGAUGCAGAAUCGCCCUCGAGGCGCUUCGAGUUCUGGAGGAAGAGAAACUUGCCGAGAAUGCGGAGAGGCUCGGUCAUGUGCUCAGAGACGAGCUUAGCAAGCUGCCGAAAGAGAUAGUCACUUUAGUGAGGGGAAAAGGCCUCUUGAACGCUGUCGUCAUUAAUGAAAAAAUCGACGCCAUGGAUAUCUGCUUGAAGCUGAAGGAACGCGGGCUCCUGGCGAAACCGACGCACGGACACAUCAUUCGUCUGGCACCGCCGUUAAUUAUCACGGAGGAACAGAUACGCGAGUGCGCGGAUAUCAUUUCUAAGACUAUUCUCACGUAUAUCGGAAUUUUAUCAAGCAACACAUACAAGAGACAAGAGGUUGAAUCGGUCAUGAGUGCAUUGACGAGGUUUGUAAAUGCAACACUCGGCGAUAUUGCAGCAACAUUACAACAUUCCAACUAUUUGCAGGGUGAGGAGAAAAACAUGGCUUUGCAAUCUAUGAGACAGAGAUUCUUCAGCAUCGUAAGAGAAACGGAAAAGAGAAGAUUCCUGAGUUCCCAGCAAGUGAUCGAUCGCGACAACAAGUACGGCGGUAUACACUUUAAACCGCUGCCAGUUGUUCUUUCUCGCGGGGAAGGAUGCUACCUGUGGGAUAUCGAUGGAAAACGAUAUCUUGAUUUCUUGGCAGGAUUCUCUACCGUCAAUCAGGGCCACUGUCAUCCGCGUCUGGUGAAAGUGAUGAGAGAUCAGGCCGGGAAGCUGGCGCACACGUCAAGAGCCUUCUACUCGGAACCUCACGGCGAAUUUGGAGAAUAUCUGACAAAACUCCUGGGAUGGGAUCGGUUUUUACCUAUGAACACAGGUGUCGAAGGUGGUGACACGGCCAUAAAAAUGGCCAGACGCUGGGGAUAUAGAAUUAAAAAAGUGCCGAGCGGCAAGGCCACCGUUGUGUUCGCCAACGGAAACUUCUGGGGCCGUUCAAUAGCGGCGUUAUCGGCUUCGACGGAUCCAAAUUGCUACACGGACUUUGGUCCUUACGUGCCCCUUUUCGAAAAGGUGCCGUACAACGACCUGGUAGCUCUGGAACAAAAGUUUCAGGAGAAUCCCAAUAUCUGCGCGUUCAUGAUGGAACCCAUUCAGGGAGAAGCUGGCGUCGUUAUACCGGCUGAUGGUUAUCUGAAACGUGUAAGAGAACUAUGCACGAAAUACAACGUUCUAUGGAUUGCCGACGAAGUGCAAACUGGUCUUUGCAGAACUGGCAUGCGUUUGGCGGUUGAUCACGAAGGCUGCAGACCGGAUAUUCUUAUCUUGGGAAAAGCCCUCUCCGGUGGCAUGUAUCCGGUUUCCGGUGUCUUGGCGGACGAUCAGAUAAUGCUCUGUCUGGAAACAGGUUCACAUGGAAGUACCUUCGGUGGGAGUCCACUUGGGAACCGGGUUGCUUUGGAGGCGGUUAAAAUUCUGGAGGAGGAGAAUUUGGCAGAGAAUGCGAAGAAGCUCGGAAAAAUUCUGAAGGAAGAACUCGAAAAGCUGCCGAAGGACAUCGCCACGGAAUUCCGUGGGCGCGGUCUUCUCGCCGGUCUUGUGAUAAACAAAGAAUUCGCCGAGGGUUGGGACAUCUGUUUAAAGCUGAGAGACGCUGGAUUGUUGUCGAGACCCGCACAUGGUCAAAUCAUCAGAAUAUCGCCCCCGUUAACGAUUACGGAAGAACAAUUACGAGAAGGAUUGAACAUUCUCACUACGGUCCUCAAAAGUUACAAAUAAAGGAUUUAAAAUUUCGCAUUGCACCAAGAUUGUAUAAUAAACAAUUUUUUACGACAAAAUAGGAUUACCUUUUGUUAUCGUAUUACUCCAGUCAUUCCAAAAAGCGCAUUUAAGAUUUCAGACCUUAGGUCUUCAAAAUUCUUAGGAUUUCUUAAGAAAACAUGAAGACAAUAGUUAAGAGAAUAAAAAAAUAAUUACAAUCA